AGGGAACUCUCUGGGCGAUUGGCUGGAAGCCGUGGCCACCCAAAUGUCACUGUUUCCUUCCUAUCAAGUUAUGUGCAGACCUAGCAAUAGCAAAUUUCUCAAGAGGCCAUGACAACAGGAGGGUAAGGGGGCUCUUCCUCGACGCCCCGCCUCACUUGCAAACAAAAUCGGACCUGGGACCUAUUUAGUGUGGCGGGGUGGAGCGACAAUUAUCGCGCUCGGACCAACUGCAGCUGCGCACAGUCGCAUUUCCGUUCCGCCCCUGAGACCCUGCCGCACUCUUCGUCAUGGCGGCCGGGAUGUUAGGUUUGUGCGCUCGCCGCUUUUGGGCCGCAGCGGCUACGCGAGCGCUCCCGGCUGUCCGCGCUCGCUGGCAAUCCAGCUCCUCCAGGGCUGUGGUCGCCCCGUCCGCUGUGGCGGGAAAGCGGCCUGCAGAACCGACCAUACGCUGGCAGGAGGACCCAGAUCCCGAGGACGACAACCUCUAUGAGAAGAACCCGGACUCCCACGGUUACGACAAGGACCCUGUUGUGGACCUCUGGAACAUGCGGACUGUCUUUUUCUUUGGCUUCUCCAUUGUCCUGGUCCUUGGUACCACGUUCGUGGCUUAUCUGCCAGACUACAGGAUGCAAGAAUGGGCGCGCCGGGAAGCAGAAAGGCUUGUGAAAUACCGAGAGGCCAAUGGUCUCCCCCUUAUGGAAUCCAACUGCUUCGAUCCCAGCAAGAUCCAGCUGCCAGAGGAUGAGAACUGACCAGUUGCUGAGUGGGGCUCAAGAAACACCACCCUGCCCUCCCCCCGCCUGCCGUUCUGUCUUCUCCGAGCUCCUAAUUAAAGGGACUGAAAGUCUGA